GAUACCAUCAUAUGGAACGCACCCUCAACCACACCAAAACCACCCGUGUUGUGACGAAAACCUUUAAUCAUAUUUGGGUCAUUUUAUCAUUUUUGAGACCCAUUUCCGGCGAGGUCAGACGAGGAUACUAGUGAGGUAAUCACCGUUGUACAGUACAGUUGUACAAAUGGCAAACAGAACAAUCACAAACCGACGGAAAUGGGCUUUAGACCUGGCUGGCCGACGUGGAGAGAGGGGAGGAGAUAAUUUGCCAGCUCCUCCUGGGUAUAUGAGUUCCAUCAACCAAGUUCAUGCUGAAGCAAACAGACAGGGAGAUCCAAACCUAGUCAUAAAGAAGGCUUGGGAUACUGCAAUUGGCCCUCUGAAAUCAGUACCAAUGAAUCUUUUCCUCAUGUUUAUGGCUGGAAACAGCAUCAGCAUAUUCCCGAUUAUGAUGGUAGGCAUGAUGCUUCUGAGACCAAUUAAGGCCCUUUGGGCUACAAACACAACAUUCAAAUCCAUUGAGGGGACACACGCUGCAUUCCAAAAACUUGUCUACUUGCUGGGAAAUCUUGUGAAUGUUGGAUUAGCAUUGUAUAAGUGCCACAGUAUGGGUAUUCUUCCAACUCACGCCUCGGAUUGGUUAGCUUUCCAAGAACCUGCUAUUCAGAUGGAGUAUUCUUAUGGCGGGAUGACUAUGCUGUAGGUCACACCCAAGACUAUGGUGCAUGUAGUGGAAUAGACGUACGAACUGAUAAGAUUAAUUUAAACCAUGUAAUGGUACACAUGUUGCAUUUCAGAAUGUGAUGUACAGUAUUUAUUGUAAAGUGUGCCGUGUAAAGG